CGUCGCAGAAUAUCCAAAGUGAGUGCUGUUGCGCGUGAUUCGUCCGAGUUAACUCACCUCCUUCCUCUUCUUCUUCUAAUUUCUUCAGAACCGCCAUUAAUUUCACCAAACAAACAUAUCAUUUUCCGACCAAUUUUACAAACCCUAGAAUUCUCAAUCUCAAUUCAGGGAUAUGUCGUACCCUCAUUACUCGACAGGAUACAACACCUCUCCUUCUGCACCACCCGUCCCGAAACCUCAAUCACAACAACCUGGCGUUGCUUAUCCCUACCAACCUCCACCCCCAUCUCAGCAACCUAAUUACAGCUACAAUUACGGGCAGCCUCAUAACCCGAUGAUGGCUGGUGGAUAUGGUAGCCCAUAUGGCUACCCACCUACGCCUUCGUUCCCACCAGGGACUCACCCGGAAGUCAUUCGGAGCUUUCAGAUGGUAGAUAUGGAUCGGAGCGGGUUUAUAGAUGCCAAAGAAUUGCAGCAGGCUCUAUCUUCCGGUUACCAGAGAUUUAGCCUUCGGACUAUCCGUUUGCUUAUGUUUCUCUUCAGGAAUCCUAACGAUGAUCUCCGAACUGGUCCCAAAGAAUUUGCUGAGUUAUGGAGUUGUCUUGGCCAUUGGCGGGCUAUCUUUGAGAGAUUUGAUAGGGACCGAAGCGGAAAGAUUGAUGCAGCGGAACUAAGAGACGCCCUAUACAGCCUUGGAUACGCAGUUCCACCGUCUGUCCUACAAGUCUUGAUUUCAAAAUACGAUGAGCAAAAAGGACAGAGAGUUGAUCUAUCCUUUGACAGUUUCGUUGAGUGUGGAAUGAUUGUGAAGGGUUUGACAGAGAAGUUCAAGGAGAAGGAUACACAGUACACAGGUUCAGCCACUCUUUCAUAUGAGACAUUUAUGACCAUGGUAAUACCCUUUCUUGUGGCUGAAUAAACCUUCGCAUGUAAAAAGCUGGAAACCUGAUGAUUUUAAGUCCUACUUUCGAGUGAGAUAUAUCAGUUUCGUGUGAUUUACAAGUCUAAUCUCUACAGCCCAGGGGCAAACAUGACUUUUUCUAUGUUGUUAUUAUUUUCGUAUAUCAGUAUAAUUUGUUUCGUUCUAAUUUUAAUUUGUAUUUGUUAUAUACGUUAGAGGUACAAAAAUAAGGGGUAAUUUAUUUUGUGUGUAUGUAUGUAUACAAAGGUGCAUCAGAUUUUUUUUC